GGUGGUUCCAUCACCGGCUUCUUCUCCUCCUUCACAAUCACUUGCCGUUGGAGCGUUUCCCUCCGUUUCCUUCUUCUUCUCGCUACGGCCGCUGCCGAGGUUUCAUCGUAUAUAAAAGCUCCCUUCUCUCUCUUUCUAGAGCGACGGUUAAACUGAGAAAAUUCCCGCUUACGUGACCUUUCUUCCCCUUUUGACAACUCCCAAAGUCACCUUCCUUCCCUCUCUCUCUCAGCAACGCCAGUCUUUCACUUUCUCUCCCGUUCGAUCCCCUCUAGGUUUCCGUUUCCUUUACUUCCACUCCAUCGCCGGUAAGUUUCACCACGAAUCUCUUGCUUAUAAUUUACCAUGCCUUUUGUUGUCCCUGUGCUGGAUUCGGUGAGCUGUUGGUAGGAGCUCCCUGGUUUAUAAUGAUGGCGAUUUAGCCUUUUCCUUCCACUUGUUCUCGUUUCUUCUUGUUUUGGUUCCUGAGAGAUGGGGAAUCGGAGCGGUGGUAUGAAUCUCUUGUUUAGACUUGGGGCAUUGGAGAAUCCGUUGGACUGUGGAAUUGGUGGAGCCUCGGCCAGCUGGGAUUCGGAAAUGCGGCUUCGAGAGAUUUGGUCUCUUGGCUUGUCCUGCAUUGGAAUAGGCCGGCUGAUUGAAGAUUUAGUGCUUUAGGGCUUUUGAUUGAAUUGGAUUCAAAUCCCUAUCUCAGUUGGUGACGGGAAUUCUUAUGUUUCCUAUGAAGUUUUUUGGUGACGGGAAAUCUUAUGUUUCUAUGGAAUUCCGUAUAAAUUAGGAAGCGGAUCUUAGCUACGCUAUUUCUGUGAUUUAUGGUUUCCCUGUCAGGUACUUGAUUCAGUAGUUUUAAUCAGUUACUUCAAUUAGUUUUUGCAUACAUUCUCACUGUUUCUCUUUUGAAUUGAUGCAGUAAUGAGUUGCCUGAUCGUGUGCCCAUUAGUGAUGCUUGGUCCCGUUCAGCUUAAGCAGAAGAUGGGUUGAGACGGUUUCUUAGCUUACCCCACAGUUAAUCUGGAUUUCAGCGACUGAUGGCUAUUGCUGCUGGCCUGCAAAAUGUUUCUGUACUUGAUUCACCGUUCCUGAGGGACCCACAAUCCGGAUCAGGCCGGAAUCAAGGCAGUGAUGGGAGGGGUAGCACCCAUGCAUCUUCUCUCCUGAGAAUGUGGAGGGAGCUUGAGGAUGAGCAUGGGGUGAGUCAUGGUCAGGGUAGAGUUGGUGAGAGAUUGCUCCAGUACAGGGGUGAGGUCUUGAGCAACCUGUCAAGGGGAGAUGAUGUUUCCGGUGGCAACCAUAUUGGUAGUGAUGAACAUGAAGAGGUGAGGAUCGGUAGCGGAGGGGAGAGUGAGUAUGGACAUGAGGAUGAUCGAUCUGAUCUUGGGGAGAUAGAGAGGGAGAGAGUGAGGCAAAUUUUUAGGGAGUGGAUGAGUAGUGGCGGUGCAAGGGAACGCAGCACUCCUCAUGUCUCCAGGAGAAAUGGGUCGAGGGCCGAAUGGCUGGGUGAAACUGAGCAGCAGAGAGUGAGAGUCAUACGGGAGUGGGUACAGAAGAUAAACAAUGGUCCUGCUGCUGGACAGAUUGAACAAGUUCUUGAUGGUCUUUAUCUUCAUCGUAGUGAAGGACCACCAGAGCGGCAUCCCAGAAGGGGGAUUGGUCGACUCUGUGGGAGGCAGGCUCUCCUUGAUAUGAUUAAGAAGGCUGAGCGAGAAAGGCAAAGAGAGCUUCAAGGUUUGCUGGAGCAUAGGGCUGUUACUCAAUUUCCUCACCGUAACAGGAUUCAGUCAUUACUCAGAGGCAGGUUCCUCCGGAAUGGCAGAAUGAUUGAAAAUGACAGACCUAGAUCGACAGCAGCACGUGAGUUGGGUUUGCUGCGGGAAAGACAUUCUGUAGCUGAUUUAAGGGAAGGGCUUGUUUCAAGACUGGACCAUUCAGCUUCUGGUCAACUAGCCAACAAUGCUUCUGAUACCUCAUCUAACAUCGUCAUAAAUGGUGACAUAACUGAGCAUUCCGAAGCAAAUGAUUCACAGAGGGCUGCAGACAAAUCUCCUCGUCAAACACAGUCGAGAUUUGAAGAAAGUAACAGCCAUAGGACGACAGAUGCAAGAAACAAUACUGGGUCUAGCACGAAUCAAGAUGUGGUUACCGAAGGAUCUGUUGAUAUUUUAGAGGACAGGUCUAGGCAACCUUCACAGGGUGUGGAUGCAAGAGAAGACGAGCAAUCAUCUGGUGAUAAUGCAGAAGAGAUGAGCAGAGAUGUGCAAGAAGCCACAUUUCCACCAACGACUGAGAGUGGAGGACGGAGUCCUGCUGCUAUUGAAGCAUUUUCUGAACAAUCUGAGUCGAAUGACAUGGAUUAUUCUGAAAGCAAUGCAGGCAAUCAAGCACGAUCAGAAGAGCCUGAGAAUCUAACUUUUGAAAGUGAGGCCACUGCUGAUGAUUGGUUAGGAAACCAUGAUGAUACAGUUGAGGCCUCUGGAGAAUGGCAUGAAGUAGAUGGUGGUGAGUUUCAAGAGGAUAUGCAAAGUUGGUUAGAAGAAGAAGAGCCUUCUUCUUCAAGUUGGGAUGCUGCUGCAGUUGGAAGGAUGGAUCAUCCAUUUCAUUUUACUGAUGAUGAUAAUGUCUACAGUGAGGAGAUCAGGGAACUUCUGAGUAGGAGAAGUGUGUCCACUCUUCUUCGAAGUGGGUUCCGUGAGAGUCUCGACCAAUUGAUACAGUCUUAUGUGGAAAGGCAAAGUGGUAAUACUCAACUUGAUUGGGAGCUGCAAGAAGAAACAUCUCCUAGCUCACUGGAACAAGCGUUGGCUCAUCCGCAUACAACUGUUGAUCAGAAUGCCAGUGGAGCAGACUCUAUUCCAAAUCCUCCACCUUUACCACCCCAAUCACUUCCUGUCCAAAGGCUGUGGGACAGGGAAUCACAGCAUUACCGCUGGCCUCAUCAUGAUGAAAUGCAUCCACGCUUUGGAAUGGAGUGGGAUAUCGUUAACGAUUUGAGAAUCGACAUGGCAAGGAUGCAACAGAGGAUGAACAACAUGCAGAGGAUGCUGGAAGCCUGCAUGGACAUGCAACUCGAGUUGCAGCGCUCUAUCAAACAGGAAGUUUCAGCUGCUCUCAAUCGAUCCCCCGAACCUUCAGGGACAUGCGAUGACAGUUUGCCGGAGGAUCCAUCGAGGUGGGAGCACGUUAGGAAAGGGAUGUGCUGUGUCUGUAAGGAGAGCAGCAUUGAUUCCUUGCUGUACAGAUGCGGGCACAUGUGCACAUGCUCAAAGUGUGCCAACGCGUUGGUCCAGGCAACCGAAAAGUGCCCGAUGUGCAGAGCGCCUGUAAUUGAGGUCAUCCGAGCUUACUCCAUCUCUUAACCUGAUAGAACGAUAUUUUUGUUACCUAUUCAAAUAUAAUUUUGAAUCCAUAUGAAUAACAAGAGAUCGACAAGUGUUCUCGGAGGUGCUAACGCGUGUCCGAAGUCUCAGUCGUUCGAUUUAUAAGAUGGCGAGAUUGCAUCGACGUAUAAUCCAACGAUGUUAGCCCGUGUUGACGCAUAAUGCUAGCCAAAUUAUGCAGUACAUAAAUGAUGGACUGGAAAGUGCCACAAUCGGGUCAGAAUCAAUGCAUCAACGUUAU